AUGCCCAUUUGACGGACCCCAACAUUGGCAGUAUCUUUGCCCAAUACUUACACUUACGUACAACCAAAUAGACACAAUAGCUGAAAUUAAAUUAAACUUAAUUUGUAUAUUCCAUGUCCAGCGAAUGUAUAGUUUAGAGGCUAUUGUGUUUAAUUCAUUUUAAAAGUGGAACUGUAUUCUUACCUCCUGUAUCUUUAGUUUGGCACCAACCUGUAUCGGCUUGGGAUGUUUUAAACAUGGAAAGGGAAUAUUUUAGUGGUUUAUAUUUUUCAUUUCAGACAAAGGUUAGAAUUAAUGAGGGAAAUGUAUCACAACGAGGCUGAAUUAUCUCCUACGUCUCCCGAUUACAACGUUGAAAGUCUCACUGGGGGAGACCCAUUUUAUGAUAGAUUUCCCUGGUUCAGAAUGGUCGGAAGGUCAUUCGUUUAUUUAAGUAAUUUGUUAUAUCCGGUUACCCUAAUCCAUAAAGUUGCCAUUGUUAAUGAGAAGGGUGACGUUCGAGGUUAUCUAAGGGUCGCAGUUCAGGCUGUUAAUGAGGAUGAUAAUGCUGAUCAAGUUGGCGUUAGACAAAGUGUUCGAAUUGCGUUUGAGUCGCCCAAAGCUAUUAUUGACAAAAAUAUCCAUAAUCUCGACGAUCGUAUAAUUGAAGGUCACUGUAAUCUUGAUCCGAUUAAGAUUGACGAGUUGAUCGAAUGUGACGCAGAUUCUGGUAAAGGAGAUAGCUCUGUAGCAUCUGAUUUUAAAGAGGAAGAAAUUCCUGAUCAUCUUGGUGUUGGAAAAGAAUUUACAUUCAGGGUUACAGUUUUACAAGCUAUUGGUAUAUCAGCAGAAUACGCGGACGUGUUUUGUCAGUUCAACUUCCUACAUCGUCAUGAUGAGGCGUUUUCAACAGAGCCAGUCAAGAAUACUGGCAAAGGAACACCUCUUGGUUUUUAUCAUGUUCAAAACAUUACCGUACCCGUUACAAAAACGUUCAUUGAAUACAUCAAAUCUCAGCCCGUCGUUUUCGAAGUUUUCGGUCAUUAUCAGCAACAUCCUUUGCAUAAAGAUGCCAAGUUGGAGGGUACCGUCAGGCAGCCUCCCCGGAGAAUGCAACCACCUUCCAUUCCAAUCUCUCAACCCGUUCGAUCGAGCAAAUUUGGAGCCCUACCGUCUCCGUGUACUGCUCAUAUACAUGCUAAGGUUGAUGUUCUGGUUUGGUUUGAAAUAUGUGAACUUGCUCCUAAUGGAGAGUAUGUUCCAUCAGUAGUCGAACACAGUGACGAAUUACCUUGCAGAGGUCUAUUUUUACUCCAUCAGGGCAUCCAACGUCGAAUUAGGAUCACAAUCGUUCAUGACGAUUCAGCUGAGUUACGUUGGAGAGAUGUGAGAGAACUAGUUGUUGGAAGAAUACGAAAUACUCCUGAAUCUGAUGAGGAUGAAGACAACGACAAUUCCGUAUUGUCCUUGGGAUUGUUCCCAGGGGAAUAUUUAGAAAUACCUGGUGAUAACAGGACGAUGUUCAGGUUCGAAGCAGCCUGGGAUAGUUCCUUGCACAAUUCGCCUUUACUUAACAGGGUUACGUCACCUGGCGAGCAAAUAUUCAUGACGAUAUCGGCAUAUUUGGAGCUCGAAAAUUGUGGUAGACCAGCCAUAAUAACAAAAGAUCUGAGUAUGGUCAUUUAUGGGCGCGAUGCUCGAAUUGGACCUCGCUCUCUGAAACACUUGUUCUCUGGAAGUUACAGGAACGCAGAAGCAAAUCGUUUAACCGGAGUGUACGAACUUCUAUUAAGAAGAGCUAAUGAAGCAGGUAGUCCAGGAGUUCAGCGUCGCCAGAGGAGAGUGCUGGACACCAGUUCGACUUAUGUCAGAGGUGAAGAAAAUUUGCACGGUUGGAGGCCACACGGUGACUCGCUUAUCUUCGAUCACCAAUGGGAAUUAGAAAAAUUAACUCGUUUGGAAGAAGUUGAAAGAGUCAGGCACAUUUUAUUGUUGAGGGAGCGACUUGGACUGGACAAAUACAACAAUCAGAUCAAGACGAAACAACCUGAAUAUACGAAGAGUGAAAAGGAGGUGUGCAAUAUGGUGGCCAAAACUGGAAACAUCAAUAUUAGAGGUAAACAAAAGAUACAGGGUUUGUCCGGAAAGUAA